AUGAACGCAAUGCAAAUAGCAAAAAAAUUUCCUCAGCUUUCGCAGCAAGAUGCUUUCGAUCUCGUUGCGAAGUUCAACAAAAUCGAUCUUGAUGGUAAUGGUGCUCUCGAACAAAAAGAAGUUGUUAAGGCUUUACAAGCGAUGGGCGAGAGUACUUCAUAUGACGAAAUUCGAGCUACCUUGAAAGAAAUUGAUUUAAGUUCAACAGGCAAUGUUGAAAUUGAAGAAUUCAUUGAGCUUGUUGUAAAACUUAGGGAAGGUCGUAACAAAAGCGCUUUCGCGGUCAACAAACAAAAAAUCACUGUUCAUGGUUCCAGUCAAAAUGUUUCACACACUAUUAAUGAAGAUGAAAGAACUGAAUUCACUAGGCAUAUUAACCAAGUACUGAUUAAUGACCCUGAUGUUAAGGAUAAAAUUCCGAUCGAUACAAAUACUAUGCAAUUAUUUGAUGAAUGUAAAGAUGGGUUAAUUCUCGCCAAACUUAUUAAUGAUUCCGUACCUGAUACAAUUGAUGAACGAGUUCUAAAUGUGCCUGUAAAGGGAAAGAAAGUCAAUAAGUUCAAGAUGACGGAAAAUAAUAAUUUAGUAAUUUUUUCUGCAAAAGGUAUUGGUUGUAAUGUUGUAAAUAUCGGAUCAGCUGAUUUAAUCGAAGGAAGAGAACAUUUGAUUCUAGGCCUUAUCUGGCAGAUUAUCAAGAUUGGACUAUUAAAUAAAAUAGAUAUAAAGCUUCACCCAGAGUUGUAUCGACUUUUGGAAGAUGAUGAAACACUAGAACAAUUUUUAAAAUUACCUCCAGAUCAAAUUUUAUUACGAUGGUUUAAUUAUCAUUUGAAAGCUGCUAAAUGGGAUCGAAGGGUUAAGAACUUUAGCAAAGAUGUCAGCGAUGGUGCAAAUUACACAAUACUUUUAAAUCAACUUAAACCUGAGCUUUGUUCACGCGAUCCGUUAAAUGAGCCUGAUCUUCUAGAACGUGCCGAAAAGGUUCUGCAAAACGCCGAGAAAUUGGGAUGCAGAAAAUAUUUAACUCCAAAGGCUCUUGUUGCUGGCAACCCAAAGUUAAAUUUGGCUUUUGUGGCUCAUCUAUUUAACACUCAUCCCUGCUUGGAUCCACUUGAUGAAGAAGAAAAGGCAGAACUUGAAGAAUUUGAUGAUAGUGAUGAUAGAGAAGCAAGAGUAUUUACCCUGUGGCUUAAUAGUUUGGAUGUUACGCCAGCAGUAAAUAAUCUUUAUGAAGAUGUUAAGGAUGGCUUAAUCCUCCUUCAAGCAUUUGAUAAAGUUGCUCCUAAUGUAGUAAAUUGGAAAAAGGUUAAUAAAUCAUCCAAUUUAUCUAGAUUCAAACAAGUGGAAAAUACGAAUUAUGCAAUUGCAAUUGGAAAAGAACUACGGUUUACUCUUGUUAAUAUCCAAGGAGCCGAUAUUUGUGACGGAACGAAAACUUUAAUCCUUGGUCUUGUCUGGCAGAUGAUGCGGAUUAAUAUUAUUCAGACAUUAACAAGUUUAUCUAAGGGUGGUCGAGAUAUCACUGAUAAUGAUUUAAUUAAAUGGGCUAAUGAUACUGUUGCUCGUGGUAAUAAAUCUUCGAAAAUAAGUAGUUUCAAGGACUCAAAAUUAAGAAAUGGUAUAUUUUUGAUCGAUUUGUUAAACGGUAUUAGACCGGGAAUUGUAGAUUAUGAUUUAGUAACGAAAGGCAUUUCUGAUGAUGAUGCUACACUAAAUGCUAGAUAUGCUAUUUCUAUUGCGAGAAAGAUAGGCGCUACUAUAUUCUUAUUACCUGAGGAUAUUGUUGAAAUCCUAACUUUUAUUGGUACUUUAAUGGCAUUGAAAGCAUCGGAAUGA